AUGCCCUCGUGGCUCGAUACCUUUCAAGGGGUAAUCGCGACCCCUCCAUCCAUUCCCACAAUCGCUAGCAGUGGCCCCAGCGCUUCGAGGCAUCACGGCAGGCCUGAUGUCGACAAGAAUGUCUGCCGAAGAGAUUUUCCACGUGUGGUGUCGUACACCCGCACCACUGCGUUUCUGUUCGCACCCUCAGCAGUGACACCGCCGUCUUCGCUGUCAUCACCGCUGCGACCUGUGUCGGCUGACCAUCGUUCAUCUCGGCGGGCAGUACCAUCUGACUAUUUCACCAGCGCUGCUGCCGUAGUUCCUCCUCCGUCGACGCCACCGCCAUUGUCGCCUCGGGCUUCUCCAGCAGCACGUCAUCGCUCCUCGCACUUGGCCGAGCCUCUUCUGAUUCAGGCUUCAGCUAGGACUAACCAUGGCUUAGCAGCCACUACAGCGGCGAGGCAGCCGCUACACCCCGGCAGUCGGCACUGCGAAGGUGCCCACCAUGACGAAGGCACGCGACGACACGCUUGCCACAUAACCCACAGCCAUUGUCCUCGUCCUCACAACUGGCGACCAGCAGGGGCAUCCUCCUCCUCCUCGACAGGCUUAAUCCAGGCUGAGACGCGUGUAUAUGCAGCAGUGGCUCACAUGGGUGCUUGUGGCGCUUGUAAGCCACACGCGCCGUUGCUCACGUCGCUAUACCAUUCAGUCGCUGGGACACCUUCGGAGGCGUAUCAGCACUGUGGCAUCUCUACCACGGUGGCGACGGCAAGGGAAAGGAUGCAAACGCGAUCCACCAAUGUCCUGGGCAAAGGCGGCCUGGCCGUAUCGAGCUCUCUUCCCACGCGGGGUGGUGAUGAGCGUGAUCAAGUGAGAAACGCCCGACCAGACUGUGCCUUCGCUGCGCCGUCUUCGCUUGCCAUAUCCCUCUCUGCUGAUUCAAGCAGUGCGAAGCACUACCACCGUCAAGGAAUCGGUUGCUCCUCAACUACUCCACAAGAGCAGCAGCUACAGCCGUUGGGUCAGCGAGUGCGACAGGCUCUGCUCUGUAGUACAACACAAAGUGAGGCGGUUGGUGGGUGCACCCGCUGUUCUUCACCACUACCAAGUUCGAAGCAAGCGUGCAGUGAGAACACCUUUCAAGCUGGCAUAAUGGUGGGCUGUGCAUCUACCUCAGCUGCCUUCAGGCAGAAGGGCACGUCAUUCGAAGCCCCGACCACGGGGCCUCACGUCGACUCUGUGCACCUCGUCACCCCUUUGCAUGACCUCCCCGCCGCAACACACCAGGUGACCUCGCCGCUCAGGCACGCAUCGGUGGGGUCGUCGCAGCUCCGACAGCGGACGUCGCCGUGUGACGUGCUGCUCUCCAAGAGAAACGCAACCGUCAUGCCCCCUGUGUUGCUACGCAGUGGUUCGCCGCCAGAGGAGUCGUUGCGCAACUUCGAGGCGCUGCCGCUGACCUCAGAUGAUUCCCUCGCCUGCAUUUCCGCGAGUUUAUCUCCACACGCUGUUCAUGCUGUUGCUCACGGUGGCGUAGGCGGGCUCGUACUGGAGCGUGUCCACGAUGCUGACAACGCCCAUAGUGAGGGCUGGUCGUUUGCCUCGGCCGUACCGUCUCUGUCACACCACCUCUUGCAGACUAUCCCGCUCUCUCACUCUGGCGCUGUGCCAUCGCCGUCGCCAUCAUCGCGUCAGGUAUCUCUGUCGGCAGUGCAUGCGUGGCGGACGCACGGUCGCACGCAGGAUGGGUGGCGCUUUAGCCACUCUUCUUCAUGUUGCCCCUGCGCCGAGGAAGUGCAGCAACAGCAGUUAUUUCUCGCCGCGCCGCGCUGCGACCUCCUUCAGCGAGAGGAGGCCGCUGCCCGCGAGGGGCUUGCGCUAGAUGCGGGUGUGCAAUUGCACCACAUUAUAUGCAGGGAGCGCGCUGCCUAUAGACUGGUCGACUCGCAACAGCAUCAUCGUCGUCUCCCAGAUACCUCCAUAUACAGCGCUGUCUGCUCGGACGCGACUGACAAGGAUCUCGUGAGUGCGCACUCAGCUCAGCUUUCUCUCCCUGCGCUUCCAGGAGAGGCGCGCAGCCUCACUGCUAUGCCACAGUCCACGCAGCGCCUACAGCGAAUACCCUCCGCGGGUUUGCGUCCCUUGUUGUGUCUGCUCACCCCUAUCUCAGUGGAAGCUCAUGAUGAGGAUGAUGAGGAGAAGCGGCUGAGGAGCUUCUCGCUGUCCACCUCGCCGUCUCCCUCUGGAGGCGCACUGUCUCGUCUCUCUAACUGCCGCAGCAAAGACAGUGUGCCUCACGACCAAGUCGCGCUCGUUGGUGUCGAGGAAGUGCGCUGGCUCAGCGGCGAGGACAAGUUUGACUCGGUGGAAGAUGCGGCGCUCGGCAACGUAGUGGAGGGAGAGCCCGAACAGAAUGACUUCAUCCGCUACAGCUGUCAUGAGGCUGCGCCAGAGGGGCCCACAACUUCUAUGUGCUCAUCGGAUCCUAAUCAACGAACCGCCUCGCCGCAAUCAGCACUGCCACCUUCUUCACCUUGUGUAGGGCUCGAAGGCAGGCUGCUAGCCUGUAUACGCAGCCUUUACUACGAGGAGGAGGAUCUGCGCUUUCUGCUCACAGGGGAGUGUCCUCCGCCAGACGUGUUCCAACGGUGGGCUGAUCGUUACUUUCAAGAGCAGCGAGCAUCUUUGUCUCCAGUGGCAGCAUGUGCCUCGCAGGAUUCGGUGCUGCAGGCUGCACUCAGUCCAGAAUCAGUUCAGCGUUCUGGCUCGCGGUCCUCCUCGCCCCCAAUUAUGCCACUUACCCAUGGUGGCGGCGCAUCCGUUGUUCUUGCACCCGUGGACAGCGCGCUCUCCCGCAUUCCCGCUGUAGGCUCACAUGAUUCAUCAAUAGGCCCGCUCCUGUCGGUGGUCGGCGAGGAGGAGGCCAAGCAGGCGGACACAGAAUCCCUCUGGCGCGAGAGCACGUCAUCCUCACGGCACCGACUGUGCAGCGAACACCGUCGUGCGUGGGCAAUGGAGAACUUGCUAGGCGAAGAUGACGCCUGCGCGAGCUAUCACGAGAGGCGGAGCGCAGGGCUGGCACGAUCGCUGCUUCGGUCUCCGCUCGGGAAAAAUGAGUUCAAUGCUAGUGGCCGGCACGCACCUGAUCCGCAAAUCUUUGGUGAGGGACAAGGUGCAGCCCUUUGUAGCGCCUUUUCACUGCCGUUGCAGGCUGCACCAUCGCCACCUUCGGCACCGUGGACGGUCCACAUCGACGGUGCCGCGAGCGGCUUCUCGCAGCAGCUCGUAGAGUCCGUGACAGGCGACUCUUCUUUGCUUCAUAAGAUGGCGUUCCCGACGGAGAAGACGUAUUUGGCUCCGCUGGGGAGCGAGAGGAACGCGUGGCAGACGCUGAUGGACGAGUUCAUCGACGGCCUCCUGCGGAUCAUGACGCAUGAAUAG